GCCUGAGGCUGCACAGUUACAAGUUCUUCGUUUGGUGUGGUGUCAAGUUUUUGUGAAUUUCGGUUUUUUUCAAAAUCAUCAGGAUGUAUAAUAAUGGUCCUCCUCAGCAACAUCAUCAUCAGGAAGUGUUCCAGUAUGGGUAUCCUGCGCAUCACAAUAAUUAUCACUAUGUUUCAGUUUGUUACUAUAGAUGGUGGCGAUGAUACAUUUUGGUCCAACAGUCCGUCCAGAUCUGAAUCCCCUUCACCAAACCAUCUUCAAAAUUCCAUUGCAGACACAUACGAAAUAUACGCACAAUUGGGCUGUUCUAAACAGAAUAGGUACUCGACAUACAAGGCUGCAUAUUCGACGAUAAAUUCUGAAUCCGAUGUUUCGACUCACAUGCUCACUACAGGAACGGCAGUUCGAGUGGUCAAAAGAAGAACCACGGCGAACAAAAAAGAAAGAAGAAGAACGCAUUCGAUAAACAGUGCAUAUAUAUCCUUGAGAGACUGCAUCCCCAAUGUACCUGCCGAUACCAAAUUGUCAAAAAUCAAGACAUUGAGGCUAGCAACGUCAUACAUAUCGUAUUUGACUAGAGCACUAGAAACCGAUGAUACUGUGGGCGGAUUCAAAGCCGAACUAGGGACAAUUUCUAGGAAAUCCAGCAAUAAUUCUGUCCAUUUGAAUGACUGUACUUCUGAUCGGGUUUUCGCUAAAGAGAUGACCACGGAAGAAAUGAGCAAUACGAGGAGAUCUAAAGGGCGCACAGGUUGGCCUCAGCACGUGUGGGCCUUGGAACUCAAACAGGAGCAGGCGCUCUAAACCAAUGACGGGGAAUGUUUUCACUACGAAAACAGUCAAUUUCUGUUCUUGGAGGAGUACAUUACAUUCUUGACAAGCAAGCUAAUUAGAUAUGUUCAUCCCUCUAAAACAGACUUUAGAAAAUUUUGGGCAAUGUUGCAAUCGAUACAUUUUUUGAUAAAUCAACAAACGACAGAGCAAAAUUAAACAAUUGCGACGAAGAAAAUCGUUGUGUGGUUGAUGAGAUUGCUCUAAAAAUUUUCCCUGAUGCGCAUAAGAUUUGUGCAUGUGCAUUUUGUUUCGUUUAAUACCUACCUACAAUUUCCUUCAGACAGUGUUUAUCAGGUAUAUUAUGGUACAUCUAUUUUAGUACUUGAACACCAUAUGGCCCCUCUCUGUAUACAUUCAUUAACCAUACACCUCAAAGGAGUUUUAUUUUAUUACGAUUAUAUAGUUGGUUUAUAGUUGUUAGAUAUUUUUACAUUAUACGAUUCAGUUAAUGUUUUCUCAGUUUGGAUUUAUAUGUUUUAUAAGAAUUUAUAAUAUGUUCAUAACUUGAGCAAAUGUAUAGACAAUUCUUUUUCUCUUCGCC